AUGGCUUCGUCUUUCGACACUGCUGAUGUGGCGGCAGCUCUUGCUGACAUCACGCCCAACAACGGUGUUGAUCCCACCGCCGGUCCUCCCAAGAAUGAGGAAGCAAUCAAGCUUGCUCGUGAGUCGGGCUGGGUUGAGCCAAAAGCCAACAAUUACACUGCACGUGCUCCUACCACUGUCCUCGACAGCAACCACCUUCAGUCAGAAGCCGCAGCUGAGGACGAAGCUGGCGCUGAUGAGGUCGUCAUCAGUGGACAUGCGACCAGUAAUUGGUCUCAUGACGCUGCAAAAUAUGAAUGGAAGGAGGAGUACGGGGACGUUGGUCCUCGCGAUGAACGACUCGAAAAAGAUCUCUUUCGCGGAGAGCACAUAAACCGUGCAGGCAUCAAAUUCGACAACCUCACCACGGUCAAAGUGACGGUCGAGUCCGAGACCCGCGUCAAUCCGGUUUCCAGCUUCAAGGAUGCUGGCUUGCACCCAGUCAUUCUGGAGAACAUUGAGCUCUGUGGAUACCGCCAUACAACCCCGAUUCAGGCGUACACGAUUCCAGCGGUGUUGACGGGCCAUGAUAUGAUUGGCAUUGCUCAGACUGGGUCUGGCAAAACUGCAGCAUUUCUCAUCCCAACCAUCUCCAAGCUCAUGGGCAAGGUCAAGAAGUUGGCAGCGCCUCGUCCGAACAUCGGCUUGGGCUUCGAUCCCGCACGCGAUCGGGUUCGAGCUGAACCACUAAUUCUCAUUGUCGCUCCAACUCGCGAGUUAUGUUGCCAGAUCUUCGACGAAGCGCGUCGCCUGUGCUAUCGCUCGAUGCUUCGUCCUUGCGUCGCGUACGGUGGUGCCCCAAUUCGAGAUCAGGCCGCACAGCUUCAGCGCGGCUGUGAUCUGCUUGUCGCUUCUCCCGGUCGUCUCCUGGAUUUCAUGGGCCGUCCUGAGCUUCUGUCUUUGGCUCGUGUGCGUUUCACCAUCAUUGAUGAAGCUGAUGAGAUGCUUCAUGAGGAUUGGGGUGAAGAGAUGUCAAAGAUCAUGGGCGGUGGAGAUGCCAAUACCGAUGGUGAUCAUCGUUAUCUCCUCUUCAGCGCGACUUUCCCCAAGCGUGUGCGCAAGCUCGCAGCCAAAUAUCUUGCAUCUGACUAUGUCCAUGUCAGUGUUGGCAGAACUGGCAGCGUCCAUGUCAACGUCAAGCAGCAUAUCAUGUGGUGUGACAAAGACAAGAAAAUGAAAGCGUUGUAUGACUUGCUGAUCUCCAUGCCGCCCUCACGCACCUUGAUCUUCGUCAAGUUCAAGAAGACUGCGGACUUUGUCGACGACUAUCUCUUCAAUUUGGGUCUCCCAUCCACCUCUAUCCACUCUGAUCGAACUCAGAGUGAACGAGAGGAUGCAUUACGUUCGUUCAAAGCCGGUCAGACCCCUAUUCUAGUCGCGACUGGUGUGACUGCUCGUGGUCUCGACGUUCGCAAUGUCAUGCACGUCAUCAACUUCGAUCUACCUUCUGCUGACCAUGAUGGAAAGAACGAGUAUGUUCAUCGCAUUGGGCGCACCGCGCGUAUUGGGAACGAAGGCCUUGCCACUUCCUUCUACAACGAAGACGACGAGGCUUUGGGCCCAUUCCUCACUAAGAUUCUACUCGAAACAAACCAGGAAGUUCCCCACUUCCUAACCCACUUCAAGCCGGAGGGAGAUUUGAACUUCGAUGAAGAGGAGGAGGCGGAUUAUGAGGAUAAUGCUGGUGGUGCAGGAGGUGAUAGCGGAGGUGGUACGUGGGGAAAUGGUGGCGACGUUGCUAGUGCUGGCGGCGAUGCAUGGGGUGCAGGUACCAGUACCAAUGCUGCCAACGACAACUGGACCGACUCCAACAAUGCUGAAACUGGUGCUGGAGGAGCAGCGUGGUAA